UUUGUCUUGAGUAUAGAAAUUAGCCCCACAAAAAAUUAACAAAACCAAAAAAAUAAUACUUGGAAACCAAAUUCAUUCAUACCGAAUACUUUUCAGAGCCAAAUUUCUCAUCACUAAAAUUUUCGCAAAGCAACGCGCCCGCCAUUUUGAAGUAUUUAUGUUAAAUUUUACCAAAUCGCAGAAGAAUUUCGGAAAGUUUUGUGUUUUUCGAAUCAAAUCCCAGGUGGAAUAUAGCCGAAAAUAAGAAGAUAAGUAUCUUAAAUUGUGCAUGGUGUAAACAAUUGUUUAAAUAAUAUGAAAAAGAGGUAUUUCCAAAAUUGCGUGAGUAAGGAAAAAAGGAUCUUUGAAUCUGAUGCGAAAAGAUUUAGAGAACUUUUGGAAUGUACUCAAGCAAUGGAAUGUGUAGCAAAUGUUAAUGUAAUUGAAUGUCCCUCCGUACUUAUGCUUCCGAGUUCCCAAAAAGACUUAAGUGUUGGUGUCAGUGAUAGUGAGGGUGAGGAUAAAUGUCCAAGUCCCCAUAGGGAAUUGACUGCUGAUAGUGAUAGCGAGCCGGAACAGUUCUAUUUACUUCAAUGAAAAGUUUUUGCUCAUACCCUUAUUACACCAUUUGUUUCACGACUUUUCCAAUUUUGCUACACAUUCAAAUUAAUUUAAUUUUUGCUACCAUUUAAUAUGAACAUAAUAUAAUAUAUGAACCAUAAUAAUAAUAUGUAUGAUAUGAUCCAUGAUAAUAAUAUGAACCAUGCACAUGGAUUCAAGCAAUAUUCUUGAUGAGUCGUUUUGUGAGGAGUCUCCAGUCGAAAUGGGCCAAUCCCUUAUAAAGAAGAGGUGCUACGACACCAAUGUUGAAGCGGCAGGUGUAAGCCAAGUUUGCUCUCCGAGUGAUGAUAUUAACGCGAAGCUGGACACCAAUGUUGAAGAAGAGGAAGCGGCAGGUGUAAGCCAAGUUUGCUCUCCGAGUGAUGAUAUAAACGCGAAGCUGGACAUCCUUCUUAAUAACCAAAAAGCCAUAUGGGAUACUUUGCAGACAAGCAUCAACAACCAAGCAAAGUUGUCAACAAACCAGGCGGAGCUGGAGAAGAAAUUCAUAUCACUCCAAAUGAAUGCAGUCGAAAACGCGGAAUUUCUCGCUCUAGCGAAAUCAGCACGCGAAAUAAAGGUUUCGGUGCAAAAUAUAGAAAAGGAAGUUUGUCGUAUGACGGGCGAAGCAUGUGACAAAAUUAUGAACGAAAUUGCCAGCAUGUUGCCCUGCUCCGCAUAUACCCCGAUAAUGGCGCUCGAGGAGAAAUUAAAGGCCAAGGAGUAUGUGAAAGCAAUGACCACAUACUUGUACAAGGUCAAAGGCGUGUCGGAUGACGUUGGCGGUGUUUUCAAAAAGCUUUUCACCGAUGAGUCCUUGGCUGAAUUUAAUUGGGAAGGGAGGUGGGAGAAAAAAGCCUUGAGAGAACUGACGUUAUUUGAGCAUGUUUUGCGCGACGUUUUCAAUAAAAUGACGUCCAAGGAGUUCGAGCACGCGGUUAAAAAACAAGUGGAGCGGAGUCAUCAUCGUCUUCAUCAAAAAAAAUAUGACUCCAAGAAAAGCGACAAAAAAUAAUAUAUGUAAAUA